AUGGCUGUAUCGAACCCGGUCGCUUUCAAGCCAUUCGCUGUAACAUUCUGGACCACGAUCGCUUAUGUCGCUCUACUCAUUCCGUUACUCAUCGUCCACGAAACCGUCCCGCCUCCUCCAAGCAAUCCGACACUCUACUCCGGUCUUAACCUCACUAAAUCUUGGCUUGACUUAUCCGUCUUGUCUCGCGACUACCAUCCGUUCAACAGCCAGAAAAAUGAUGAGAUUCACGAUUGGCUCUUACUAGAAUUAAAUGAUAUCAAAGAGCGCAAUGGGGCGAAUGAUUCGAGCAUGGUCGUAUUCGCAGACAACAUUUCAAAUAUCACUACAGCCAAUAUCGUAUUUGGAGCAUCAAGUUCUACCGGUACCUACUUCGAAGGUACAAAUGUUAUAGUAUACAUUCGAGGCAAGGAUGAUCCGCAAGGUCUGUGGUGGGAGGAUGACUCCGUAACGUCAGACAAAGUUAUAGGAAAGGGAGGCGUUCUAAUGAAUGCCCACUACGACUCCGUUUCCUCUGGAUAUGGUGCUACAGAUGACGGAAUGGGUUGCGUUACUUUAAUAGCACUAGUCGAUUACUUUUCACGACCGGAAAACCGACCCCAGAGAGGUAUCGUUGCCCUAUUCAACAACAACGAGGAGGAUGGACUAUGGGGCGCUCAAGCUUUCAUCAAUAGCCCUCUCUUGCCUUUCUGCCACACAUUCUUAAAUCUCGAGGGCGCCGGUGCUGGUGGUCGGGCUAAUCUGUUUCGCACAACUGACGCUGAAGUAACUAAUGCUUACAGGGGUACCAAAAACCCAUUCGGGACUGUAAUCUCAUCUGAUGCAUUCGGACUUGGGGCUAUAAAAAGCAACACCGACUAUAUAGUCUUUGACGGGGUUUUUGGGUUAAGGGGAUUAGACAUGGCUUUCUACCGACCUCGUGCCAGGUAUCAUACUAACCAAGAUGACGCCAAGCAUGCAUCAAGAGCCAGUCUCUGGCACAUGCUCAGCAGCUCUCUGCACACGAUGCAAAGCCUCUCUGGAGAUACUGGUAACACGUUCAUCGGAGACCGCCCUGACGGCGAUCGAAAGAAAGCGUGGAAUGGUAGAGGAAACGAUGGCGUCUGGUUCGAUAUAUUCGGACAGACGUUUGCUGUUUUUGAGCUGCGGACUUUGUUUGCGUGGUCUCUGACCUUGCUAAUAGCCACCCCCCUAAUACUCCUUGGUUUAACGUACAUAUUAGUGCGUAACGAUAAGUACUAUUUUUUCUCGGCAAGGCGAUCUGCUUAUGAAGGAUCUGACCUUGAUCCGGUUCUGCUAGGUGGUCGAAAAGGUCUAUUCAGGUUUCCUUUUGCUUUGGGUGUUGCUGGGGCGUUGGUUGUCGGUUCCGCAUACUUAAUCACAAAGAUCAACCCGAUGAUCAUAUACAGCAGCGAAUAUACUGUUUGGGCGAUGAUGGUAUCGCUUUUCUAUUUCGCCUUUUGGACCAUUAUGGCAGGGGCGAAUUUCGCUCGACCCAGCGCCCUUCACCGGGGAUACUCCAUCUUCUGGCUAUUCCUCAUCGCAUGGGGUAUUUCAGUCGCGAAUACCGUUUUUGAAGAUCGCUUUAGAAUCGCAGCUGGAUACGUAUUCGUCUUCUUCCAUUCUGCUGUGUUUCUUUCCUCUUUUGUCGCGCUUUGCGAGCUGUUUGCCCUGCCCACGAAAGCGUCGUUUGCGCAGCGAGUACACGACGAACACGAAAUCAGAGACCAUCUUAUUAAUGUCCCACAUGCCGACGCUUUAAUCUCUCCAAGUCGAGAUGAGCUCAAUUCUAACGACAACGAGGAUGAAGAAGUUGAAUCUCAAUCCCCGGCAACAGAGACGACCCCUCUUGUUGGUGGUACCCCCGCGGGCACUCGACGGACGACGUUUGCUACUACAUACCGUCGUUCAAUAUCGGCUAUCAUAAAUAAAGCGAGAUCAAGCGAGAGAGACGAAAACCAACCGUACGAGUAUGAGCAACAAUGGUCGGCAAAUCUCCCAAGUUGGCUUUGGGCCCUUCAAUUCCUCAUCCUAGGGCCGUUUUUGAUCAUUCUUAUCGGCCAACAUGGCCUGACACUAGUGGCCUCUGUUUCCCAAACGGGCGCUGAUGGAUCAAGCCUCUUAGUCCCAUACCUUAUGACGGCAUUCUUCAGCAUAUUUCUAUUAUUACCCAUUACUCCAUUCACACACCGGGUUACUCACCACGUACCGAUGGUACUCCUCGGGGUAUUCAUUGGCACGCUAGUUUACAACCUAGCAGCCCCCCCUUUCUCUGAAAAUAACAGAUACAAAAUUUAUUUCCAGCAGACUGUCGACCUUGAUACUGGUGUGACCAAGGUCCAUUAUGCUGGCCUGCAAGAAUACGUCCAACAGACGAUCGCCGAACUACCGUCUGCCGCUGGCAAAGAAGUUGAGUGUACUUCGAAAGGGAGUCUGCGUAAUGGUUUAGUUACCUGCUCUUAUGACGGUUCGGAUGUCCCGCCUAACGUGAUUAAGGCAUUGCCCAGUGGAAUUCCCCCACAAAAAGGCUUUAGCAGCUGGUUGGAUUUCAAUAUCACCCGUGCAAAGGAUGAGACCAAGGCCAUUUUUGAAAUCGAUGCAAGAGACAGUAGGUCGUGCGCUAUUGCGUUUGACAAGCCUAUUUCCUCAUUUACAGUCAAUGGCAACCAACCCCACGAGCGUUUUGGUGGUAUACCGGAAGCGGGUCUCACUAAGAUCAAACUCUAUCGCCGAGAUUGGAGUACACCAUGGAAGGUUGAUGUUCAAUGGGAAGCUGGUUCGGCUACAAGCACUGGAAUCGACGGUAGUAUUCUAUGCAGUUGGGAUGAUGUGAACACUCCCGGUACGAUUCCUGCCUACGAUGAGGGACUCAAGUAUUCCCCUACAUGGGUGGCUCUCACCAAAUUAACAUCAGGUUUAUGCGAAGGGAGGAAAGCAUUCAAAGCAUGA